AAAAGAGAAUUAGCUAUAGCCAGCCGUGUGUCGAACACGACACGCGAUAAUGGCACUCAUGCAGGAGAGCAGCCAGGACUUGCUCGAAGCGCACGACGAGCUCUUCCACCACUGCCUGUGCUUCGCCAAAUCGCUCGCGCUCGCCGUGGCGCAGGACCUCCGCAUCCCCGACGCGAUCCACCACCACGGAGGCGGCGCCACCCUCCACCAGAUCCUCGCCGAGGCCGCGCUCCACCCAAGCAAGCUUCGCGCCCUACGCCGCCUGAUGCGCGUGCUCACCGUCUCGGGCGUCUUCACCGUCCAGUAUUCUUCAACCGUCGACGCGUCGGACGGAGCUGAUGUCGUCUACAGGCUGACGGCAGCCUCCCGCUUCCUCGUCAGCGAUAGCGACGAGGCGGGCACGGCGUCCUUGGCUCCCUUUGCGAACCUGGCGCUCCACCCUAUCGCCAUCUCCCCGCACGCCGUGGGCAUCUGCGCGUGGUUCCGGCAGGAGCAGCACGACCCGUCCCCGUACGGCCUGGCGUUCCGCCAGAUCCCGACCAUCUGGGAGCAUGCUGACAACGUAAACGCCCUACUGAACAAAGGCUUGCUCGCGGAAAGCCGCUUCUUGAUGCCAAUCGUACUCAGGGAGUGCGGAGACGAGGUGUUCCGUGGGAUCGACUCGUUGGUCGACGUCGGCGGUGGGCACGGUGGCGCCGCCGCCACCAUCGCCGCCGCAUUCCCGCACGUCAAGUGCAGCGUGCUUGACCUCCCGCACGUUGUCGCCGGUGCUCCAUCCGAUGCCUGCGUGCAGUUCGUUGCGGGCAAUAUGUUCCACAGUAUUCCACCUGCAACCGCCGUUUUCUUCAAGACAACUCUAUGUGACUGGGGUGACGACGAGUGCAUCAAGAUAUUGAAGAAUUGCAAGCAAGCCAUAUCUCCACGGGAUGAGGGUGGGAAGGUGAUAAUCAUGGACGUGGUAGUCGGGUAUGGGCAGUCAAACAUGAAGCGCCUAGAGACACAAGUUAUGUUUGAUUUGGUUAUGAUGGCGGUCAAUGGAGUCGAGCGCGACGAGCAAGAGUGGAAGGAGAUGUUCAUUGAAGCUGGAUUCAAAGACUACAAAAUCCGACCAGUAGCUGGCCUCAUGUCGGUCAUCGAGGUCUAUCCAUGAAUUCUUUGUGAACAAAAGGCCGGCUGCCAUAAUAUAAACUGAAGACCACGACGUCGUCAUGGAGCUGAGCGUGUUGUUUUUUAGACUACUAGGCACUUGAGCCUCUGAGAAUUUGUAAUAAUAAAUAAGCUGAGCAACAGCGUUCUGUUAA